AUUCACCCCCGGAGGCCACGAAUCGGUGUCUGACUCGAAUCGGACACUGAUUCGCCCCGAUACGUGCACGACACGUGUCGGACACGGUCAAAGCCGUGUCCGACACGGGUCAACAGUCAACUUGGGCGGAUACGGUCAAAUUGAGGGCGGAUACGGGUGAGAUUCGUGAAAUCAAAAAAACUGUGAUUCGGAUGAGUUAACAAAACCCGUAACCGAAACCCAAAAACCCAUAUCGAAACCCUAAAAUCACCUCUUCUCUCCGCUGUUCUCUUUUUACCGCCGCUGCUCCUCAUCUUCUCUCUGCGCCUCUAGAUCUCGUCCUCGAUCUCCGACGCCGCUCGUCCUCGAUCUCCGACGCCGACGUCCUCAGAGCUCGUCCACAUAUCUCGUCCUCAGAACUCAUCCUCAGAUCUCCGACGUCUCUCUCACUAGGUAAGAUCUCUAUCUUCGAUCUCUCUCUCUCUCGAUCUGGUCGAUUCGGCAGCGGACAGUGACGCCGCUCGUUCUCUUCUCUCUCUCUCUCUCUCUCUCUCUCUCUUCGUCUCUCUCUCUCUCUCUCAGAUCUCAUCCUCUGUCUCUCUCUUUUUCUCUUUAUCUCCUCGUCUCUCUGGUUCUCUCUCCGUCUCUGGUUCUCUCAAGAUUUCGUUGGUAAUUUAUUUAGGGUUAAUGGGUUGGUUUAGGGUUAAUGGGUUAAUGGGUUGGUCCGUCUCUGGUUCUCUCAAGAUUUUGUUUUUUUUUCAAUUUUAGUUUCAAUUUCAGUUUUAAUUUCUUACCAUAUGAAUAUUUUUUCAAUUUCAAUUUCAGUUUUUAACACAAAUGAAUUAUUAACUGAAUUUAAACUUUGAUUGACUGCAUUUGUGUGUUUGAUUGCUGAACAGCCUGAACUUAUAUAAAUGUGUUGUUGAUAUUCACAUAUGAUUAAAUUGGUCUGUUAGAUAAAUAGCAUUAGUUAAAAGGGCACGACAUAAUUCUUUUUGUGCAUAAUUAUGAAGAUAAAUAUUGUCUUUCUUGAAGGUAAGUAGCUGUUAACUAUACAUGUGUCUUUUUAAAUAGAUAAACUUAUAUGCAUGAACAUGGUCAUUGAGAAUUGUGAUGCAAAAUUUGAAUUUAUAUCUUAUAUGCAUGAACAUGGUCAUUGAGAAUCUGAGAUCAUUAUCACUCAACUAUUAUUACAAUAUGAAUAUACAUAUUUAAUGAAUAUAUUAUGGACAUUUAUUUUGGCAGCUGUGUUGGAAAAUUUGAUUGAUCCUUCAUCCUUGCUUGUUGCUACUUUACUCUCAAGUAUAAUCUGUAAAAAGAAAAACAAAGUCAGUGAGCAACAACUUAUUAAUUAGUAUAAUUAGAAAAGAGCUUAAAAUAGUAAUUAGCAUGCUAACUAAUAAAUUAUGAACAUGUAAAUAUUUAAUACAUAUUUCUUGCAAUGUAAUUCAUAUUAUGUUCCAUAUAUGUUAUGGUUUAAUAUUUAAUUAGUACUUGUUGUUGUUUAUAGCAAUGGAAGCAGAAGGUAGUUCUGAUGCACAGUCUGUUCAAGAUGAUCACACUCCUUUGUGGAAGUAUGUCACAAAGUUGGAGAAGAUGGGUAAAGGAGGGGGGAAUUGGCAGUGGAUGUGUAGUUACUGUCAUGAAGUAUUUACAUCCUCUUACUCAAGGGUCAAAGCUCAUCUAAUGCGGACUAGUGGGCAAGGAAUUAAAGUGUGCAAAGGUGUUAAGCCGCACAAUAUGAGAGACAUGCAAGCUGAUAUGGAUCAAGCAGAAGCAAGGGUGAUGGCUUCUAUGCCUAGGACAGUGACGCUGCCAGGUUCUUCAGCAUCAAGUGCAGCAGCAGGAAGUCAACGCAUGCCUUCUCGUCUAAGUGAGCCAAAGAGGAGGAGGGGAGUCACCACUGUUGAACAAGCCUUCAAUACAGGGGCAAGAGAUGAAUUGGAUUCAAUGAUUGCAAGGAUGUUCUAUACUGGUGGGUUGUCAUUUAAUUUGGCAAGAAAUCCUUAUUUCUCCAAGAUGAUCACAUAUGCCGCAAGUAAUUCAAUUACCGGUUACAAGCCUCCGGGUUAUAAUUCUUUGAGAACCACUCUUUUGCAACGUGAGAAGGCUCACGUAGAGAGGUUGUUGGAGCCCAUCAGGGGCACAUGGAAGCAGAAUGGGGUUUCUAUUUGUAGUAAUGGCUGGGCAGAUGCACAGAGAAGACCACUGAUAAAUUUUAUUGCGGUCUCAGACAACGGGCCAAUGUUCUUGCACUGUGUGAAUGCUGAGGGAGAGCAGAAGAAUAAAUAUUUCAUUGCAGAGAAGCUUGAAGCUUGCAUUAGAGAGGUGGGGCCUCAAAAUGUGAUCCAAAUCAUUACUGAUAAUGCUUCGGCAUGUAAGGCAGCAGGGGCAGUUGUGGAGGGAAAAUUUCCACAUAUUUUCUGGACUCCAUGUGUUGUUCACACCCUCAAUCUUGCCCUUAAGAAUAUUUGUGCUGCGAAGAAUACAGAGGCUAAUGCAAUUGCUUAUGCAGAGUGCAGCUGGAUUACAGAGGUAUAUGAUGAUGCUUUGAUGAUUAAGAACUUCAUCAUGAAUCACUCAAUGAGGCUGGCUAUGUUCAAUGAGCAUUCGAAGAUGAAGCUUCUUUCAAUUGCUGAUACUCGAUUUGCUUCAUGGAUCAUCAUGCUAAAGAGGUUCACUGUGAUCAAGAGAAGCCUCCAAGAUAUGGUUCUUAGCGACCGUUGGAGCUCGUACAGAGAUGAUGAUGUGGGAAAAGCACAGUUUGUUAAGGAGAAAGUGCUUGAUGAUUUGUGGUGGGAUAGGGUGGAUUAUAUUAUUGCUUUCACUGCUCCUAUAUAUGAUAUGAUUCGGCUCACCGAUACCGACAAGCCCAGCCUUCAUUUGGUAUAUGAUAUGUGGGAUACAAUGAUUGAGAAGGUGAAGGUUGUUAUUUACAGACAUGAGAGCAAAAGAGAAAAUGAUCCCUCCUCAUUUUAUGAUGUCGUACACAAGAUCUUGGAGGAUAGAUGGAAUAAGAGCAACACGCCACUUGAGUGCUUGGCGCACUCUUUGAAUCCAAGAUAUUAUCACGAGACAUGGCUCAAUGAGAAUAUCCAUCGGCAAGCACCCCAUCAGGAUGAGGAGAUCUCUUCGGAAAGGACCAAGUGUUUGAGGAGAUAUUAUCCUAAUACCGAUGAACGGAGGAUGGUUAACUUAGAAUUUGCUAAAUUCUCGGCUGCUCUUGACAUUUUUAGGGAUCCAGAUUCUCUUGCUGAUAGAGGAUUUAUGGAUCCAGCAGCAUGGUGGGCGCUCUAUGGAUCCUCAACUCCAAAUAUUCAAGCAUUGGCCUUCAAGCUUCUAGGCCAACCCUGCUCAUCCUCUUGCUGCGAAAGGAAUUGGAGUACAUACUCAUUCAUUCACUCUUUGAAGAGGAACAAGAUGACACCGGAAAGGGCAGAAGAUCUUGUGUAUGUGCAUAGCAAUCUUCGUUUGCUUUCUCGGUCAUCCCAAGAAUAUAAAGAAGGAGAAUCGAAGCUGUGGGAUAUUGGUGGAGAUGCAUUCGACUCAUUUCAGGGUGCCGGUAUUCUUGAUGUCGCCACCUUGUCUCUUGAUGAACCCACCAUGGAGGCUAUGUUGUUUGCUGAUGAUGAAGGGCCAGGCAAUGAAGAAGUCAUCGAACUAGCUUCCACUUUAUCUUGAUGUAUUUUUUAUUUACAAACUUGUUAUUUUGUGAUAGAAUGAGUAGAGUAUGUACUCCAAUUCCUUUUUGUUUACAAACUUGAAACUCGUUAUUUUGUGAUAGAAUGAGUAUGUACUCUAAUUCCUUUUUGUUUACAAAUUUGUUAUUUUGUCAUAGAUUCAUA